GUACGCCGUUUGCGUAAUUGUGUGAAGCAAUCUUUAACGGGUUUGGAAUAACGUAUUGAUCUGGAUUGGUCACGGAGGAUAAGAUUUGAGAUUGAUGUUUGUCUGGGGAACAUGUUUAGCUCUUGUUUAGACUAAUGUGGUUUAUUUCGAAGCCUAAUCGAAUGAUAAUGACUUUGUGGGCAUGACGAGUUUCCAUAAUUACAAGUAGUGUAAACCAGCUUAAAAUGAUUGUUAGUAUUACCGGGAUCGAUUCAGCAACGAUUUACCUUAAACAGUUGCUCGUAGCGUCAAAUUCAAAUCAGAUAAAACAAAGUCAAAUAUGGCACUGGAUGUGAAGAAGGCUUCUAAGGAUGGAGGCUCUGAAUACAUUGCAGCACAUACAUUCACAUUUCGCGAACUGGCAAAUGCAACAAAGAACUUCAGGGCAGAUUGUCUUUUGGGUGAAGGAGGUUUUGGCAGAGUAUAUAAAGGGAGAUUGGAGAGUACCAAUCAGGUGGUAGCUAUCAAGCAACUUGAUCGUAAUGGGCUGCAAGGGAAUAGAGAGUUCCUUGUUGAAGUAUUGAUGUUGAGCCUCCUCCACCAUCCAAAUCUUGUUAACCUGAUUGGCUAUUGUGCUGAUGGAGAUCAGAGACUUUUGGUUUAUGAGUACAUGCCAUUAGGAUCUCUGGAAGACCAUCUACAUGACCUGCCACCUGAUAAGAAACGACUUGACUGGAACACAAGAAUGAAAGUAGCUGCUGGUGCUGCAAAAGGCUUGGAGCAUUUGCAUGACAGUGCUAACCCCCCUGUUAUAUACCGUGAUUUGAAAUGCUCAAACAUUUUACUUGGUGAAGGUUAUCAUCCCAAACUAUCUGAUUUUGGCUUGGCGAAAUUGGGUCCUGUUGGUGACAAGACUCAUGUAUCCACAAGAGUGAUGGGAACCUAUGGAUAUUGUGCACCUGAAUAUGCAAUGACAGGUCAGCUUACUCUGAAAUCAGAUGUUUAUAGCUUUGGUGUUGUUCUUCUUGAGAUUAUUACUGGGAGGAAAGCUAUUGAUAAUUCAAGAGCCGCUGGGGAGCAUAACUUGGUUGCAUGGGCACGACCGUUGUUUAAAGAUCGGAGAAAAUUUGCGCAGAUGGCUGACCCAUUACUCCAAGGCCACUAUCCAAUGAGGGGCUUGUAUCAAGCUCUUGCUGUUGCUGCAAUGUGUGUUCAAGAACAGCCUAAUAUGCGACCCCUUAUAGCUGAUGUAGUCACAGCACUUUCUUAUCUUGCUUCCCAAAAGUAUGAUCCAGAGACCCAGCCAAUCCAGGGCUCUCGCACAGGCCCUUCUACUCCUGGAACUAGAAGGGAAUAAUGAAGGUGGUAGAGUAGAGAUUUAGCAGGAACAGUUGUCUAAGGAUGGUUCAAACCUUGGAAACCAAUUUUAGACUGCUAUCUCCCUGCAAACCACAGGAACACAGGAUGAUUUACCCGAACAAAUUUCUAUCCAUGAUUCAGAGAUCAGAGGAUUAGAUAUGCAGCUGUUGGCUGCGUUUGCAAUGGUUCUUGUUGAUCAAAGUCUGCACCAGUCCAGGUGUAGCGGUACCAGACACAAAUGCUGCAAUAGAAAAUUCUUGUUCCUCCUUUUUGUAAGUUCGUUUUGCCCUGAAGAUUAUCAUUAUUUUUUUCCAGUCUUCUACCCCUUACUUUACAAAAUUUUUUCAUGUCCAAUUGAGCUUUGGGCCCUGUAUCUAAUUCUCAUUCUUAAUAGAAACUCGUGCAGCCUUGAGCAAAGGUCUGCUCUAGUUGCUUGGAAU